CCUGUGCUUUCCAAAAUUUCAUAUAAAAAUUUAACUUUCUUGAAUGCAAAUUUAGCGUACUUAAAGUGUAAACAAUAUUUUUGAAAUAAGUUUAUCUUCGGAAAAUUAAUUGUAUUAUUUACAUAGCCUAAGAGAGAAACAAUUUUAUUCAUAGUUUUUGAUAUCGUUUAUAGUAUAUUUGUAAAUUACUAAUAUUGUUUUUAUAAUAAUGGAUUUACAAGAGAAGAAUAAUUCAACGGAAAAAUCCGUGGAACAAUGUGAUGAUGAGAAUUCUGUAACAAUGAUCGAUGUUCUACAAGAAGAAAAUCAAUUGGAAGAAGAUGCUAAUGCUGUUUUAGGACCAGCUGACGACAAAAAUUGCACUUACAUUCAAGGCUACAUAAGACAGGCACUUUAUGCUUGUAAAACAUGUCGUCCUGAAGGAACUCGAGCUGGAGUUUGUUUCGCUUGCAGUUUACAUUGUCAUGAAGGUCAUGAAUUAAUUGAAUUAUAUACUAAAAGACAUUUUAAAUGUGAUUGUGGAAAUUCAAAAUUUGUCGAUAAAAAAUGCAAUUUAUAUCCGGUAAAGUCAAAGUUGAAUGAGGAAAAUAAAUAUAAUCAAAACUUUGAUGGUGUUUAUUGUACUUGUAUGAGGCCUUAUCCAGAUCCUGAAGGAUUAGAUAACGAUGAGAUGUUACAAUGCGCAAUUUGUGAAGAUUGGUAUCAUUCCAAACAUCUUGGACGUGAAAAACCCGAUGAAAAUUCUUACGAUGAAAUGGUUUGCGACAAUUGUAUGACAAAUACACCUUUCUUGUGGAAUUAUGCGGCAAAAUAUUCAAUAACAAAAGAUAAUGAUGAGGCAAAUAAAACUGAAGAAACAGUUGAAGUUGAAGUAAACUUAAACAAAUGUACAAGACCAACAAGUAUUUCUAUAGUUGAGAAAAAAGGAUGUUGUUACUGGAAGGAAGGAUGGAGAUCUUCUUUAUGUACUUGUGAUGAAUGCAAAAAGCUCUAUGUGGAAAACAAAGUCGAGUUUUUGAUAGAUCAAGCAGACAGUGUUCAAGUAUAUGAAGAGUCUGGUAAAUUAAAUAAUAGAGAGUCUCACUAUGAAAUGGGAAUGAAAGCAUUAGCCUCACUUGAUCAUGUACAACAGGUCACUGUAAUUGAAGAAUAUAACAACAUGAAAGAAAGAUUAAAAGAAUAUCUACAAAAAUUUGCCGACAAUAAAAAAGUUGUUCGUGCCGAAGAUAUUCAAGAGUUUUUCUCUGAAAUGGAACCAAACAAACGACAAAAAAUUGAAAUACCAAAAUUUUGUCGAUGAAACAAUUGACUCAUAUACUCAAAAAACAAACAAACAUUUUUUUUCUAUAUAUUCUGAAGCUAUUUCAAAAUUUCAAUAAUUCUAAAUUAUUCUCUAUUUAAUAAAUUACAAUUUAAUCGGUAAAAAAAUAUAAAUAAUCACACUUAAUGUAUGUGCUUUAAAAAAAAAAAAAUUUCUAGUAAUAAAAUAUUCUUUUAAAUGUA